AUGGAAGCGUACAUAUGCAGCAUGCCCAAGGACAAAGGCCUCUGCUUGGCCUACCUCCCACGGUGGUGGUAUAAUAAGACUAUUGCAAAGUGCCAGGCAUUCAUCUAUGGUGGUUGUCUUGGGAACAAUAACAACUUCCAAACGGAAUCUGUCUGCAUGGCCAGCUGCUACAAAAGAACACCCAACGUGCUUAGUAAAGUGCUCUGUGAGGCCUUCUAUCUCUGA